UUUGUGAUCGAUGUCAACAUUGACAACGUCACUCAUAUGUUCUCAACAAUAAAUAGUAGUACGAAGUUCAGUGAUUAUUAUUCAAUAAUUGCUUAAAGGCAACAGCAAACUUGGUGACAGUGUUUAGUCUGGGUGUGCAAUAAAGCGGGAAAGCGAAACAUCGGUUUAGCAGCACCAACAAGCAACGAAAAUGGGCCGAGUAUUUGUUAUUGGGGUCGCAAUGACCAAGUUUGACAAGCCAGGCACAAAAGCUGGAGAUUAUCCCGAUUGGGGCAAAGAAGCUAUCCUGGCGGCCCUUCAGGAUGCCAAUGUGAAAAUGAAUGAAAUACAGCUGGCAACGGCUGGCUUUGCCUAUGGGGAGUCAACCUGUGGUCAAAGAGUAAUCUACGAAGUUGGCAUGACCGGAAUCCCCAUUUUCAAUGUAAACAAUAACUGUUCAACAGGCUCGACUGCAUUAAUGUUGGCAAAAGAAAUGGUGGAGUGUGGAAAAGCAGAAUGCGCAUUGGCUGUUGGUUUUGAGAAAAUGCAAAAAGGCAGUUUGGGCUCUGUAUUUAAUGAUCGAGUGCAUCCUAUGGAAAAACACAUUGAAGUAAUGUCCGAAUUAGUGGAUAUUUCUGCUACGCCUAUCGUGGCGCAAAUGUUUGCGAAUGCUGGAUUGGAACAUAUGAAGAAAUAUGGCACAAAGCCGGAGCAUCUGGUGAAAAUUGCCUGGAAAAACCACAAGCACUCUGUAAACAAUCCAAAUUCGCAGUUUAGAGAUGAAUAUACAUUGGAGCAAAUUGAAAAAUCUCCACGAGUCUGUGGGCCUCUCACAAAAUUGCAGUGUUGCCCAACCAGUGAUGGAGCGGCCGCUGUUAUUGUAGCAUCUGAAAGCUUUGUAAAAAGUCAUAGACUUGAGUCAAAAGCAGUGGAGAUUCUUGGCAUGGAAAUGGCAACAGAUUUGCCCUCAACCUUUAACGAGAGAAGUUUGUUAAAGUUAGUUGGCUAUGACAUGACGAAAUUGGCGGCCGAUCGCCUGUAUAAGAAAACCGGAAAACGCGCCUCUGAUGUUCAAGUGGUGGAACUGCAUGAUUGCUUUUCCGCAAACGAAUUGAUCACUUAUGAAGCUCUAAACCUCUGUCCCCCUGGGGGAGCUGGAGGGUUGGUUGAUAGAGGCGACAACACAUAUGGGGGAAAAUAUGUGGUAAAUCCGUCCGGAGGGUUGAUAUCAAAAGGGCACCCCAUAGGGGCAACUGGAUUGGCGCAAUGUGCCGAACUAUCCUGGCAGUUGAGAGGCGAAGCUGGCCCAAGACAGGUUCCUAACGCAAAACUGGCUUUACAACACAAUAUUGGCUUGGGAGGUGCUGUAGUUGUGGCGUUAUACCAGCUGGGAUUCCCCCAGUCCAAAAACAGCAAUACACGAGCAAGAAAAACGGCGGCAGCAGCCAGUGAAGAUGGAUUUAUCGUCACCCCAUUUUUGCACAUUUUGCAAGAAGCAAUGCUAGAAGACCAGGACGGACUGGUGGAGAAACACAGAGCAAUUUACGGGCUUAAGGUUCAAAACGACAAAGGCGAAGAAGGUUUCUGGAUCAUCAAUACAAAGAAAGGCAAGGGCAAAAUCGAAUUCAAUGGCAAGGACAAACCUGCAGUAACAUUUGUAAUCAAAGACGCCGAUAUAAUCGAUCUGUUAACCGGAAAAAUCGAACCGCAAAGGGCGUUCUUUCAAGGAAAGGUGAAAAUUCAAGGCAACAUGGGACUGGCAUUGAAGCUGACCGAAUUGCAACGAUCGGCAGCUUCGAAAAUCGAUGCCUUAAGAGCCAAACAUCUUAAGUCCAAGCUGUAAAAAUACAUAAUAGCAGGCGAUGGUUUGGAUGUAUUUUCUAGGCUUUUUGGUGUUUUUAUUAGAGACUAGCGAAUUUCGAACGGAUGAUAGAUAGUAAGAUGACUGUAUUUUUUUAAAUUGGUUAAGGUUGCGGCAAUUGUAACAUUUUAUGUUUACUUUGUUAUAUUUUUAUAUAUUAGGUA